AUGGAACGUAAAAUUAAGUCAACCAUGUUCAUUAAAAUUUCUGUAUUAAUCAUCUUAAAUUUGAUAUAUCAUUUUAACAUGGAUGAGAGAGUAUUUAAUAUAUCUGGGGAUGAAAGUUACGAACUUGAUAGAAGAUUAGAUACAAAAAAUUAUAGAAUACUAGCAAAAUGUAUACAGAACAGGGAUUCAUAUACUUUAGGGUUAAAAAAGUAUAUGCCAAAAAAUACAGAAUACGAAAAAAAAGAUAUAUCUAAAAAUGAGAAACUGGACGAAAAAAAAAACAAACAAUUAAAUAGAAGUUUAUUAAAUAAGGCACAAUAUUAUACAGAAGUUACAGAUUAUAAUAAAGGAAUGUUUGAUGGAAAACAUUUCCAUUUUGAAAAAAAAUGGAUUAAAAAAAAAGAUUAUGACAAUUUUCUUGAAAGAAACAGGAGAAUUUGUGAUAUAUCUUUAAAUAAAAUAAAAUUUAGAAAAUAUAGAAUUGGAGUUGCUCUAUUUUUACUUUUUUUCUUUUUGGGAAUAGGAUUAUCCGUAUUACCAGGAUUACCAUUUAUGGAAACUGUAGGUGAAUGGAUGAAAGGAAAUAUAUUAUUUAAAAGUUUGUAUAGUGCUCUAGAUAACUUGAAAAAUGGAGAAAAUUUCUAUAUUUAUAUAGGAUUAUUUAGUAUAAUUAUCAUAAAAUUAUCGGUAAUAGUUAUAAUAGUGAUUUAUAAGAUUUUAAGGAAUAAUGAAAAAUAUAAUAGAAUUAAGUUAAUGAUGGAGUAA